AUGGCUCUCGCUGACAUUUGCAGCCGUUGUGCUGACCCUGCGGAGACCGACCUGGUGGUGCAGUGGGCCGCUGGCAGGGAGGCGCGCGAUGGCACCGUGAUCAUGAAAGAAGUGUUUCGGUGUCGCCCGUGCGAGAGGCUCAGGGCGAGACAUCGAUUCAGGAAGGCGAAGAACUCGUGCGGCGAUGACAUCCUGAAACUGAUGUUCUCUGAGGCCAUGGUCCAGUUGCCGCCGCCUCUAGCGCGUGCGCUCGACAACCCCGACGCCAUUGCUUCCCCGAUGGCCCCUUUGCCGCAGCCCCCUGGUCCUGCCCCAGCUCCUGAAGUCGAGGCGGCUCCAGCGGUCGAGAUGGAGGUGAAUGGGCCCGACCGCCAGGUUCUCUUCGGGCGCGUGGUUGAGUCCAUGCACGCGGGCGCCAUUCCUGACAUCCUGAAGCCCCCUGAGGACCCCCGCGGCGCGUGGGUGGGCCUGGCAGGGGCUUGCCACUACCUCGGUCUGGAAGAUCCCGUCGACGCAGUGGCCUUGGGAGAGGCUCUAGACAAGCUGCCUAAAACAUGUUGCCCGGUGCAGGACCGCCAGCUGCAUUUCCUGAGCCUCUUCGCUGUCAGCUUGCAGUGA